AUGGACUCUCCCACCUCGCCGCGAAACAUCAACCCUCUGCACCAAAUCUAUGGCUCGCGCAGGACGGUACGAUGGGUGAUCUUCCUGGCGGUCGCGGCCAUCAUAACGGUCUACAUGUCCGGGCAGGGUUCUAUUCCAGUGUCGCCGACGUCCACACCCUUCGGUUCGUCACGUAAGGCCAAAUACCUCACCCCCCGCCAGUUGAUGGACAGACCGAUAUCCAAAGACCUCCAGACGAUACCAAGAAUAUUCCAUCAGAGCUGGACUUCGACCCAGCUCCCCGCCAAAUUCGAACAUUGGAGCGAGAGUUGCCGGGCGGCGCACCCCAACUGGGAAUGGGUGUUGUGGACGGAUGAGGAUAACGAAGCGCUGGUCAGGAUGCACUUCCCAUGGCUGCUGCAGACAUACCAAGACCUCCCGGGGGUCAUUUACAAGGCCGACCUGGUGCGAAAUAUAUACAUGUAUAUGUUUGGAGGCGUGUAUGCCGACCUGGACGUCGAGUGCCUACGACCUACGGACAAUCUGUUCAAGGAGUUCAACGUGUCUACAGUCUCGCAUGCCAAGCCCAGACCUGUGUCGACGCAUGAACUGCAGAAGAGCGGCCGUAAGGCGUUCUUUGGCAGGAUGGGAACCGACACCUCGUUCUCCAACUCCAUCCCCAACGCUUGGAUGGCGUCGACACCCGGACAUCCGUUUUUCCUCCUAGUGAUCGAGUCGGUGGUCAAGGGCAUUAUCGACGGAUCGAGUGCUGGCCAGUCACCAGAACAGGUUACGGGCCCGGUGCAAUUGUUCGACAUGGUGAACCAGUACAUGGCCCUUGACAGCCCGUACGAAGGAGAGAAGCUGGACAAACAUGUGGCUAAGAACCCGUCCGCCAAACAGUUCACUCCUCGCCGAGGUCUAGGUCAUUCCAUCGAGGUGCUUCCUUUCAACUACAUCUUCCCCUACUCGUGGCAAAGAGACGGAGAAGCAUUCCGCGAAGUGUGUUGGGCCACCAAGACGACUUUCGACGCCGAAAGAUGCAAACUGGUCUUGGGCACGGAUCACUGGCCGAGUUAUGCCAUCACUUAUUGGAGCCAUACCUGGUCUGGCGAGGGCCAUGAUGCAGGAAACAUGCACCAACUGGAUGAUAAGUAA